GUGCACAAGCCUUUGAGUGAUGCCGACCAAAACUUGUUUACGUUUGCAGAAAGUUUCCUAAAUACGCUUCGCCAUGGAGGAGCCGGUGGUGAAAAUCGCCGAGGCCAAAACCCAUGAGAUCUUGGCGGAUUUGCUGAAAGUGGAUGUCCUUCAGGAAGCACUGGUUAAUCUUCUAGAAGUAAACCCAACAGAAAAAGACUCAACACGUCUGAUGACGGUCUGUGCUGACAUCCAGAGAGUAUUCUCAGAAUCUUCAGAAACUUCUGGGACAAAUGCUGGGUCUGAUGCACAAAAAGGCACUGAGGCUGCCAAAACACAGGGUAAUACAACGAAUGAGGCAACAGCUCGUAUACAAGAAGCUGGAGUGCGGGCUAUAGUAUCGGUCCUGUCUUGUCAGAAUAAUUGCUACCGUGCGCAUUUUCUUGCCUCCAUCUUGCUCAAUCUGGUAAACACAAAUGCAGUCUCACCAAAGGUUGUCUGCAUAUGUCUCCUUGCCGACGAAAACCUCAAGACAGACCAUGACAUUUUUUGGCUCAUGGCAUUUGGUCUCAUCAAAAAGAUCAUCAGCGGAGUCGACUACAAAGGUGUCCGUGAAAUAAUGAAGAUGUGUCUCGACAGAGCUAGGCAGCUCCCCACAAACCUGCGGAGAUCGCAGCUCCACCUUGUUGAAGCCCUUCUUGGUGUAAUGGGCUUGAUCUUUGACCGCAAUGCGUCCCUCUUGCCGGGCUACUUUAUUGUAAAUGAGCUCCUUAAGUUGUAUCCAGACUACAAAAAUUGGCCACACUGGAGUAUGUCGUCACUCCUAACAGAUUUUAUUGACAAGUUCCGUAGAGCAGCUCAGAUGUUGUCAAUUGUGGGGAGGCCUAAAUUGCGACCUAUUGUGGAACAUUCUGGUCAAAACAGCCCCUCAAUCAAUUCCUGGAAGCUGGACUCCCUGACACUCAAGUUCCAGUUAAAGGGAGCUCUACCAUACAGUCCUGAGCUCCUAGAGGCUCAGCCUGGGCUUUUGCGGUACAUCCUUAGGCAGCCAUAUUCCCGGGAGAUGGUUUACGCUGUGAUCGACAUCCAGAAAAAGCAGAAGCAACGCUGCAAUGCUCUUGAGGAACAACUGGUUGAACUGAUGGUCUCAGCGCUGGAUGACUUUAGCCGGAGUGAUGCUCUGACUGGAGGUGCGCCAAGUGCUUCUCCCAGCAGUGGCACGGCUGUUGCAACGCCUGACCACCAUCUGUGCACCUGUACACACCUGUCGUCACUGCUGAUCCACUUUGUCUUGUUCCAGCUUAUUUCAUUCCCAUGUUUAGUCAUGGGCUUGCAUGCCAAGCUGGAGAGCAAGGGCUCUAACCGAGGCAGGGACCACCUCAUGUGGGUGCUGCUGCAGUUCCUGUCAGGGAGCAUUCAGAAGAACCCUUUCUCGGACUUCCUCCCUAUCUUGAGGCUCAUUGAGGUGCUCUACCCUGAGAAUGAGCCGCUGCCCAAUCCCGACUACACAGACUCCCGAUGCGCCCUGCAGAUGUCAGCCAUGUGUAUUCUCAUGCACAUCCUAAAGAAAGCACAGACCGACAACAUCAAGACGCCGCGGAUGCUUCCUCCUGUCUUCAAGAAUCAUAAUGAAUUUCUUCAAAGCCUUGCACAUAAUCCACAACUGCCAUUAAUGACUGCUGGAGCAACACCAGACUACAGAAUUGCUUUGCUGGUCAAUGCAUAUUCUACCAAUCAGGAAUAUUUCCAACGGCCGAUACUAACACUCUCCGAAAGUAUCCAAGGAAACCAAAAGUCGACAGUUCCAAUGCCAGGAAUAAACUGUGUGGCCCUGGGCAGUACUACCCCACUCUCCAUGACACUCCUUGACUCCCUAACAGUUCAUGUCAAAAUGAGUCUCAUACACAAUAUUGGGCAGCAUAUAAAUAAACAAGCACAACACAAAUCAGGUGUUGCACUUGCACCUGCGCUAAUAGAAACCUAUGCAAGACUGCUUGUGUACACCGAGAUAGAAAGCAUUGGAAUUAAGACAUUUAUUAACAACAUUCUGCCUCUGGUAUUCAAGAGUCACGUGUGGAGCCUCCUGCAUGCGCUCCUAGAAAUGUUCAUCUACCGCAUCCACCACUCCCCACCACAGUACCGAGUGCAGCUGCUUUCCACCCUGCACCACCUGGCGGCCGUACCUCUCAACACCAUGACCCAGAUGACGCAGCUGCAUCUGUGCAUGGAAAGUGUGGCCCUGCGUCUUAUUACCGGCCUAGGAAACUCGGAAGUUAUGCCCAGCCUAACCCGCUUCUUCUCUCCCGACACCAAACCCAACUUGAUAAGUACCGAUUCGGAGGAACUGAACCGCGUCCUUGUGCUGACCAUGGCCCGGGCAAUGCAUGUGACAGGUAAAGAAUGCUGUGACACCACAGGUGAAUCGGCAAGGUGGUGUGUCGAUUUCUUGAAGGUGGUGAUGACACACACUCCUCACACUUGGGCAAACCACACCAUUCAGUGUUUCCCACCUGUCAUAGCAGACUUCUAUCACCAGUGUGCUGCCCCAAGGGAAAACAUGCAAACACUAAAGAAAGCUGUGGAGGAAGAAUACCGGAAGUGGAUGUCCAUGAGCAAUGAGACAGACAUUAUUGCCCACUUCUCGCUUCAGCACAACACCUCUCCUCUGUUCCUUUGCCUCCUGUUCAAGAUGGUCUUGGACAAUGACCGAGUGCCUCCCAUUGCAUACAAGGUUUUGGAACGUGUGGGUCCACGACAGCUUGCAGCCCAUGUGCGCACUUUAUGUGAUUUCCUGGUCUUGGAGUUCUCAAACAGUGCAGGGGGUCAGCACGUGACAAAGUAUGUGGAGACGAUGAAUGCCAUCAUUUGGGUCUACAACAUCGUUCCCAUUGAUCGACUCAUGCUGUGUCUGGCCCUUCGGACCCAAGAGGGCAGUGAAGCACAUGUAUGCUUCUUCAUCAUCCAGCUGUUGCUCCUGAAACCAUGUGAACUAAGGAAUCGUGUGCAGGAAUUUGUCAAGGAGAAUUCCCCCGAUCACUGGCGGCAGAAUAACUGGUACGAUAAACACAUGGCAUUCCACCGCAAGUUCCCAGAGAAGUUUUCCCCUGAGAGCAUCUUAGCAGAGCAAGGAACCCUCACAGCACAGUACCAGACUCUCCCAAUCUACUGCAGUAACGUCUGUCUUAGAUUCCUCCCGGUGUUGGACAUCAUCAUUCAUAGGUUCUUAGAACUUUAUCAAGUGCACAAGAACCUUGAAACUAUACUCGAGAGGUUGGGAAUGCUCUACAAAUUCCAUGACCGUCCCAUCACCUACCUUUACAACACAUUCCAUUAUUAUGAGAGCAAGCUCCGUGAGCGCCCCAUCCUUAAGCGGCGCCUGGUGGUGGCUGUCAUCAUGUCCCAGCAGGAGAUCCAUCCCCAGGGCUGGGCACUCACUGAGGCCUACCAUCAGUACCUGGCAAGACCCCACGAUGACAUUGUGUGGAAUCCUGACCUCUCCUACUACACGUCGCUGGUUCGCCGCCUCGUUCACACUAUGCAAGGAAAAGCAGUAUUUCCAUCGAUUGAAUGGAGGUUCAACGAAUUCUCAAGUAGUGGAGCUCAUGCACUUCAUGUCAGCUGUGUGGAGUUGAUGGCUCUCCCAAGCAACCCCACCAUUGUAGCCAACAUGCUCAUGGAUGUUCUGCUUCGAGGGUAUUGCGACAUUCCCACCGGCGAAAUGAUCGAGUGGGUGAAUGCCAUCGGCCUCAUCCUUACCUGGCUCCCUGAACCUUACUGGAUUGUAGUUCAUGACCGUAUCAUUGACCUUCUCCAGCACCCAACCUUGGCCACCCCGGGCGCAGGCACACUGGACCCAUUCACAAUGCUGAACUUGGAACAGCUGGAGUCCUGCCUUAGUGACAUGACUGCAGCCUUGACGCUGGCCAUAGCUCACUCCUUCUGGCACCACGCGUCAUUCGGCCAAGUUGGGCGGAUCCCACAGUUAUUGCGAGAACGUAUACGCCCCAUCUUGACAACGGAGGAACAGCUAGUUGUGGUUUGCCACCUUGUGGGUCCUUUCCUCCAGCGCUUCAAUAACGAGUCUGCACGGAAAGUCUUCGAUGUUACCAAAGAACUUUAUGAAGCUCUGGCUAAGGUUGAUCACAGUGUCACAGAGCUGAAGUACAUGGACCCCAUUUGCGAUGUCUUCUACCACAUCAAGUACAUGUUUACUGGGGACUCGAUCAAGACAGAUGUGGAGGGCAUCAUAAGGAGCCUAAGACCGGCAUUGCAGAGGAGGCUGCGCUUUAUCACGCAUCUGAAUUUGGAUUCCAUUGAGAACCCAUCAAAUAACGCUCCCGGUAGCACGACGCCGGCGCACACAGCCAACACUGCCCCUAGCAGCACCCCCACCAAUGCCACGAGCAACACCGGCACAGUUAACAACACCAGCAACAACACUGCCGCGACUCCUGUGCCCGGAAGCAAUGUCAAUCAAUCUGGCAGUGCAGGGUCGGCAGGGUCGGUCCUUGGGACUCCCGCUUCAGGCCUAGGUCCCCUUAGUGCCAUGGGGUCCAGCCUGGGCCAGACGAGCAGUGUGGGCAGUGGGGUCUCAGGAUCGGGGGGAAUGAGUAUGGGGUCCAUUGCUGCGGCUUCAAGUCUAGCCUCCCUCCUGCAGGAUACGUCUCCCAUGAAUUCUUCCAUAUCGUAAUCGCGGUGGUAUGGGAGGGGGGGCGGGGGGGUGUAGAUUUCGGUGGACUCACAGCUGGGAUUGUAAAAAUACACUUGUUCAUCCUUAUGUGGAAUAUGUUAAGAACAAUAAAUGAAUAAUGCAUUUUCAUUUCCAUAUUUGUAUAAGGAAUGCUGUAUCAACAUAAGCAGUAAAUAAGAGAACAUAUAACUUUUUAGUAAUUUGCUACCUGUGAAAAGAAUCUAGAGUAGAUUUUGAUGUGAAAGGUACCUGUUCAUUCCUGGCGUGGUCCUCAUCCAGUGUACAAAUCUUUUUAUAAGCUAUGUCAGAGAAGGAAUUGACAAAAAUGAAGAAAAUGAA